UCUUUUUAAGUGGGAGAACUUGCACAAUUGGUGGCUGACUAAAUACUUUUUUGCCCCACUGUAUAUAGGUGUCAUUAUUGAAGUAUGUAUAUUACUUCCCUAUUUAUAAAAUUGUCUGGAUAACUGUAUUAUAGCAUCUGAAGUGUGUGCAAUGCUCUGCAUUGUGUGCAGUAGUAUACUGUAAUUUAGGUGCAAUGUUUUGGGUCAAGCUUAAAGCUUCAGUGCGAUUGGUCAGUGAAGGACCAGGUGACUCGGUAGUCACGCGCUUUCCAACGAACCCGUCAGGAAGAAGAAAAACAAAACAAACGCAAGAGAAAGGCAGCGUGGACUCCAUUGAAAUUGCUUUGUUAUUGCUCAGAUAGGAAUAAACACGAAGCGAAACACGACACAAAACGUUCAUAUGGGGUUUCUAAAGACACCAGGCAUCAGACGAGAACUAGACUUCCAUGAGUUCACAGAGUUUUCCACAAUAAAGAAGACUCUUUUUGUUACUUAACUCAUAGAUUUUUCUACUGUCGGUUGACAUCACCCGAAGACGACUGGGACACGAGGUGGAGGAAACAUUCACAAUAAGGAACAGAGAUCGGUGCUCGGCGAUGCCUCAGCCCGGCAUCAGUGGAAUGGAUCUUCCCUUUGGGGAUUUCUUUCAAAAUUAUACUUUUGCUGAUCAGGCGCUGACCAGCACGGACCUGUUGGCGAGUAACACAGACCCAGACUUCAUGUACGAACUGGACAGAGAAAUGACUGCUUGCCUAAGUCCUAGAGUUGAUCACUUCACGGUGGGGGACUGCAAGGAGAUGGAGUGUGGUGAGCACCUCAUGGAGCUGGUGGACAGCGAUCCGGCCUACAGCUCGAACUUUGAGCAGUGGGAUACGUACUGGGAGGACCUGACCAAGUACACCCGUUUCACCAGCUGUGACAUCUGGGGCACCAAGGAGGCAGGCCUGGAUGACUUCUCCAGCCCUUACCAAGAUGAGGAGGUGAUUGCCCGGACCCCCACCUUGGCUCAGCUCAACAGCGAGGACUCGCAGCCCCCUGUGUGUGACACACUCUACCACCCUGAUCUGCUGAUAGGGGGCCAGAAGCAGCACACCUCCCUCCACCCACUCUCCCUGAGCAAGAAGACAGCCGCCCGCCCGGGCCCCUCCUCUUCCUGCUCCAACCUAGUCAAGAACCCCCUGGGCGACUUUGCCAAGGGUUCCCAGAAGGCCACCUGGCCUGUCCCCUCCAGCACAGAGACAAUGUCCAAGGCCCAGGGAACCAGCAAGAUGGCCACCCUGGGCUACCACUGCAAUGACUACGUGCGCAAGGCGAAGGUUCGCAUCAGCAUGCCCCACCGGCCCCUAGUCGACAUGCCCAUGGCCUCCCAUCAGGUUGAGGCUGAAAACCACUUCACAUACAGCAGCAAGCCCCCAGAGCUGGCCACCACAUCUGGCUGUGCUGCCCCCGUGGCUGCUCCUGCUACUGCAGCCUCUGCCUCUGCCUCCGCCAGCACCCUGGCCUAUGAGAAGACAGUAGAGCUGCCUCGCCGGGAGAUGCCACCCGCCUCAGUGGGCACGUCUGGCGCUGUGCCCCCUAUGCUCCACUACCCUGUAGCUGGGGCUGGGGCCAGCGAGACCCUGGUGACUGCCAGUGGGACUGACCCAGUCUCUGACAAGAAGAAGGAGGAAGAGCACAACUACUCCCUGUUCCUAACCCGAGCCAGGCUGGCCGGGAAAGCCCUCACUGAGGAGGAGGAGGAGGAAGAGGUUGAAGAGGAGGAGGAAGAGGAGGAGGUGGGGGAGGACGAAGAGGAUGCUGAGGGGGGGGAGCUGGAUGAAGAUCUCGAUGAAGAUCAUGAUGAGGGUUUUGGCAGCGAGCAUGAGCUCUCUGAGAAUGAUGAUGACGAAGAUGAGGAGGACGAUGAUUAUGAGGGGGAUAAAGAUGAUGACAUGAGCGACGCCUUCUCCGAGCCAGGUAGCCAUAUAUCAGGAUGUGACAAUGACGCGGUGGAGGACGUGAAGGGGCUGACGGCAGGGAUCUCCAGGAAGAGGGGCAAACGCCGCUACUUCUGGGAGUACAGCGAGCAGCUCACCCCCUCCAAGCAGGAAUGCUUGCUCAAGCCCUCUGAGUGGGACAGGGAGACCCUGCCCAGCAACAUGUACCAGAGGAAUGGUCCACACCACGGGAAGUACACUCUGAAGAAGUCUCGGCGGACAGAUGUGGAGGACUUGACCCCUAACCCUCGCAAGCUGCUGCAGAUCGGGAACGAGCUGCGUAAGCUCAACAAAGUGAUCAGUGAUCUGACCCCGGUCAGCGAGCUGCCCCUCACAGCCCGCCCACGCUCCCGCAAGGAGAAGAACAAACUGGCAUCCAGGGCCUGUCGACUGAAGAAGAAAGCUCAGUAUGAGGCCAACAAAGUCAAGCUGUGGGGUCUGGGCACAGAAUACGAUCGGCUUCUGUUUGUCAUCAACACCAUAAAGGAAGAAAUAGUGAACAGAGUGCAGGAUAUCUGCGACGACAAGGGAACUAGCAUGGCUGAAACUCUGGACAAACUCAUCCAAGAGACCCUUGUGAAGUCACCAGUUGCCGGGCAGACGUCUGACUUUGUUAACCAGAUCCUAGAGAACACUGGCAAGGGGGAUCCCACUGGAGGACUGGUUGGGCUGCGUGUACCCACGUCUAGAGUGUAGAUGGACCAUGUAGAGGUCUGGUGAUGGCAUACUCCAAGCCAUCCGCGCCAUUCUUGUCCCACACUGUAACGGCUCACCCUCUGCAUGACCAUUCCAUCCAGGAAUCGCAUCACCAUGCCCUGUGGGAAGACAUACAUACCACACUCCAAAUGUAUGUAUGUCUUCACACUGUGAGCAUGCGCUGAAAUGAAACUUAGUAUCUAUCUCUGCACUAGUAGUCUGUUACUCGCCAUUUGUACACAUGGCUAGUGCACGUGGCUAGUGCACGUGGCUAGUGUCUUUAGGGCCGCAAGUGUUUGCGAAUUCAAAGCCAAUAUAUGAAAAAUACCUCCCGAAAUGUUUAUAUUGGAAGAAAAAAAGAUGAUUAUCAGUUCUAGCUGUAGCCAUUUCCUGUAGCGUUCAAACGACCCGUUUCAUGCCUGCGUACCUGGGUGGGAAAGGCAACACAGGAUGCCGUUAUAAUUAGAGCGAGACGACGGGAUGGCACGAGAUAUUUGCUAUUGAAACGUAAAUAGUAACUUGUCAAUCCCAUGUCCUUGUCACCUUUACUGAACUGUGCUUCUCAGAUGAAAACAAACCCCAACUUAAAACAGCCACUGGGUAUUCCAUAGUGUCUACUGUUGUGGAGGUAUAGGGAACGCUUCAUACCCGUUGUCUGCUUUCCCAUUCUAGCACCGUGGCAUUCACAUAGGGGGAGAUGAUGUUACCCAAUACUCUCAACCUGCCAACCACAUUAUAAGGCAACAAAAACACACAAGCACCUGAAUUACUACUAACAUUAAGAAAGUCUACUUUGACAGAAUGCGCUAAAAAUUAGUAGAAGUUGGGGGGAGGGGGGGGGGGGGAUACACAGGGAUGCAGUGAAAUGUUGUUUUGCGAUUUGGCCUGAUUUUUUUCAAUUCCAUUAUCCUGUGUUUUUGCAGUUGAGAAGAUAUUUCAAAUAGACUUGAGCAGAAGGCCACUAUAUUCCCAUCCGUUGCAUGGGAAAAUUCUUAGUCGUCUGACUAUGAGCGAGAUGACGUGAUUAUAACAACCAUUUCCUCUAUCUAUAUACCCUUUGGUUGAAGCGUCUUCAAAUGAAAGCACCAUUGGCUUCUUGCAAAGUAGGGAUGAGAGGGCUAAUAGUUUGAAGUUCCUUAGUUUGGUGUGUUCAUAUUUGUAUUUAAUAACAGUACUGUUCAUUGUGCCUUGUAUUUAAAGUGAGAUGAUUACACAAGUGGUUGAAGGAUAGUGGACCAUUUUACACUGAGGGAGAGCAGAACAUGGUGCAGGAAAGGUAAAGAGGUUUGUUAUGUAUUUCUGCUCUUUCAAGCUAUUCUGAAUGUACAUAUGAACAUGGACCAUGUAGAUAUAUGCCACAGAGUCUGUGCAUUGUAUUAUAAGAUGGCUCUGACAAAAAUGUACUUUGGUUAUCGGUACUUGGACUUUGGGGCAGGGGAUGGGAAUGGGAGGGUUAAAAAAAAAAGGAUAUUCGUAUAGAAUUUAAAAAAUAUUUGCACACUAUAUUUUGAUUGCUUUUUGUACCAAAGACACAUGCAACGAAAACGGCGACUAGCCAGAUGAUAAAGUAAGGUUUUGCACAGCUUACCUAACACCGUAUUGAAUGUAGGAAAUGUGGUAGGGUCAGGGAUUUUCAUUGAACUGUGAAAUUGGCUUGGGUCCAAUUACGUACUGAAAGAAGCAUUCAUUAACUUUUUUCUAAAUGGCUCCUGUCAGUUGGCUUCUCAAGUAGAUUAGUUGCUUUAAAAAACAUUUGAUAGAUUCCAGACGUGACACACAAUACUUCCACUUCUAUUGUGCUUUGGCACGAAGUAGAAAAGAGAGGGAAGAACAUACAAUUUUUAUUUUGACUGUUUUGUCAAAACGUCACAAAUAACCAAAAGGUAUAUCACUUCUAUAAUUUAUGUAGGUGAGACGAAUACACAUGUCAUAUUAAGUGUUGCGUAUUUAUAGUAAUGUCCAUUCAUGCGUACGCAUAUGUCUAUCUAUUGUGAAUUGCCACUUUUCAAAUUGAUACGUUAGUAAGCAUGACACAUUUCUAAGGCCUAUCCUCACAUUCAGAGAAACUUUGGAGAAAAAAAAAUGGAAUGAAAAAACAAAAACAUUUUUGUACUAUUUGCCUUUUUCUGUUGGUGCGCAUGUAUGUCAUUUGAGAGAUGUUCAGAGAAAUACAUUUCUGGAUGGUGACUCUGCAUGAGAUAGGGUGGGGUUUCUGGAUGGAGACUGCAUGAGAUAGGGUGGGGUUUCUGGAUGGUGACUCUGCAUGAGAUAGGGUGGGGUUUCUGGAUGGAGACUCUGCAUGAGAUAGGGUGGGGUUUCUGGAUGGAGACUCUGCAUGAGAUAGGGUGGGGUUUCUGGAUGGAGACUCUGCAUGAGAUAGGGUGGGGUUUCUGGAUGGUGACUCUGCUUGAGAUAGGGUGGGGUUUCUGGAUGGAGACUCUGCAUGAGAUAGGGUGGGGUUUCUGGAUGGAGACUCUGCAUGAGAUAGGGUGGGGUUUCUGGAUGGUGACUCUGCAUGAGAUAGGGUGGGGUUUCUGGAUGGAGACUCUGCAUGAGAUAGGGUGGGGUUUCUGGAUGGAGACUCUGCAUGAGAUAGGGUGGGGUUUCUGGAUGGAGACUCUGCAUUGAGAUAGGGUGGGGUUUCUGGAUGGUGACUCUGCAUGAGAUAGGGUGGGGUUUCUGGAUGGUGACUCUGCUUGAGAUAGGGUGGGGUUUCUGGAUGGUGACUCUGCAUGAGAUAGGGUGGGGUUUCUGGAUGGUGACUCUGCUUGAGAUAGGGUGGGGUUUCUGGAUGGAGACUGCAUGAGAUAGGGUGGGGUUUCUGGAUGGAGACUGCAUGAGAUAGGGUGGGGUUUCUGGAUGGAGACUCUGCAUGAGAUAGGGUGGGGUUUCUGGAUGGAGACUCCUCCUGUUUUUUGUGAUCUUUGUGAAGAGGCUCUAGUUUUUUAGGGGUUGAUCUGAAAGUAAGGGAUUGAAUAUCAUGGAUAUCAUUCUGGUUUCUUUGUCCUCCGCCUCAGUUCUUGACACAAAGCUCCUCUGUUGCGCUGAGUCUCGGGGAAGAUUGAUAGAAAACGAAUGGAUGAUAAGUCUCAAUUGUAUACUUGCAAUUGUAGUCUUAACCUGUAUUACAAUCUCAGCCCAGACGAAAUGAGGUGAGCAGCUUUUAGAGAGGUCUAGCGUCUGUCUUUGCUGCUGUAACUUGUCAAUGUUGUCAAUUUGAAAGACUAGGUUUGCUAAUUUCAAGAGAACAAGGAGACUUAAGGCUGAAUUCAAUCAAACCGGCACAGCUGAAAACCCUCACUGCGGGAACAUAACACUGUCCUUAUUCUGAGAAAGGGCAUGUUUUAAUUGAAAAUGUAGUGAACAUUUUCUUAUUUCAGUACUGAAGAUAUCUGAACAUGCCUUUUGUUUGCUGUAGAGAAACAAUGUUAUUGUUCUGCAAAGCAGGUUUCCGCACUGCAUGCCAUACUCCAACUAUUUUUGAUUGAAUUAAAAAAGGAAAAAAUACACUCUGAAACUAGAAUGAUAUGUUUGUUAAGAUAUCUUAUUCUACUUACUUUGUUAGUGUGGUAAAUAUUCUCUAUAUACCGUCCAUGGUUUGUUUUUGUAGUGUUUCAUUUUGUAAAUGGAUUUAUCUUCUAAAUAUUAUAUUUGUAUAGUAUAUUCUAUAUUACAUGUAUGAAAAAGAAAGCACUUUGUUCAAAAAAAAAAACAACAACAAAAAACAAGUAUGAAGAAAAGCAUUUUUCCUUCCAUUUGCUGCUAAACCGACCUUGUUUGAAUGCUGCAGUGAGUACUUGACUUCUGUAACCUGACCAGGACAGUGUGUUGGGGAGGUCUUAAGAGGGCAAUCAACCUUUUGAUUACAAUGCCCCUAUGUUCUGAAUGACUCUAACGUCAUGAAUUCAUUUGCCUUCAGUAGAGAUUUCCUAUGGAAAAACAAAUUCUGCUUUGGGUUUUUCUUCAGGUUGAUGUACAGUGUAGACACACUUCUUCUGGGCAUUUGCCAGAGAGUUAUAUUGUUAUCAUUUUAAAAGUAAUUUGUACUUGUAACUUGUACUUAAUGGGGGGGGGGGAGACUGCGGUACUCACAACAGCCCACGUCCUUUUGUGAGUACCUCAGAAGGAAAACUAUAUCACUGUACUGUAUGGCAAGUCAUUUGCAGUGGAGAUUUAAUCCGGGAUACUUUUUGCCUUCUCAAACACCCAUCCAUUCACUUAAUUAAGAUGGCCAAUAGUGGGUUCAAUUGCAAAGUGGUUUGCUGUGGCAACCGAUCUUGGCCAAUAUUGUACUGUCUACAAUCAAGACCUUCAACCUGGUGAUAUGCUCAAAUCAACGAUGGCCUCUCCAUUGGGAUCACUGAUGGCAAGUGAGGUUGAGCUAGGGGAAUUAAUGUUGUGUAAGAAGCUAGUGGAACAUAGUGUUGUGAGGCUGAUUCCAGCAUCGGGUGUGUGUGUCCACGCAGGUUUUCACAUUUAACAUGAUGGGCGCAAGCUGUGCAACUUUACAUUCUAACCAGGAGACUCUGUGGCAUUUUAACAGUCAAGGAAGUGGUUGACAUUCAAAGCCAGUAACUAUUCCUUCUGCUCUAUUGACAUCAAACAGAUAAUAGAUUGUGUAAUUAUGUGCUAGUCUCGUCUGAUAAUUGAAUCCAUUAUGGUCUCUUCUGCAGCGAAUCAGGGUAACUACCAUUCUUCUAAUAGAAAUAUAUGUAAUAGAAUAGUAAAUCAAAGGAAAAUAUAUUUAUGUAUUCCAAUUAACGUUGCGAUUUUUAUUUCUGCAGUUCAAUAACUAUGUGUGCGUUUAAUGGAGAUUCAAUGUAAAACAAAAUGGUGCGACGCUCUCUACAGGAUAAGAAUAGACAAAGGCAAAUGGAUUUGUAAGUAUAAAUAUUUUACCUAGAUUAGUUUUUCUUUAUACUCUAAGAAAUUUAAACGUACAAACUUUUUUUUUUGUAUUAUUCAAAAGGGAAAUAAAUUAUAUUUCUAGUUUUGAUCCAACUUCUGUUUUACUGUGCUGCUGCUCAUGUAUGGGUUGGUUAUUAAUGGAUUAUAUUGUAUUAAAAAGAUGAUAGUUCAUUAUACAUUACAUAUGCCUAUGCUUAACAGACCUUUUUAUACUUUUUAACAAAUGAUUAAUGCUUUGAUCACAUUUGAGUUAACCUUAUGCUAUAGUCUUAGACCUUGUGGAUAGAUGUCUAAUGGUAGCAUUAACAAACCGCUGGAUCACAAUGAGAAAGAGACCGAUCUCAAUUUAUUCCAAUUCUCCCAAAUGGCUACAGUAGACUAGAGAGGAGGCAGCAAGCGUGUUUGUCCUCUUUUCUUUCAAUUCCUAAUAUGAUUUUGGCUUGCUUUGUAUGUAGUUGUUUGUAGUGUAUGUGAUGACAAUGUUCUUCAAUUGUGCACUAUGCAUGUCUUACUUGUUUUUGAGUAAGACAGCGUGUUGCUUUAGUUUUCAGCUGUCUCGUGUCUGAGCAGAGCAUUUUCAUUGUAUAAAGUCAGACUCUUAUCCUGUCUCCAUAACCCUAUGGAGGUGUUCCUAGUGGUGAUAGGCAGGUGGGGAAUGAGUGGAGCUAUUUCCUCUGACAAUGGAGGAGCCACACGUGUGUGUGUGUGUGUGUGUGUGUAACGGAGAAAGACCUGUCUAAUAACUGCUAGAUGAGUAUGUUCCUUUCCAUCUUAUCUAACCAGUUGAAUGCUUUGUUUUUUGCUUUAAACUGUCAUUCAAAGGACCUGCAUUCUGCCAUUUAUUUAUUUCUAUAUAUAUAUAUAUAUAUAUAUAUACCUUUUCCCAUACACCCAUAGUAUCUAUAGAAAUUGAGAACUUAGAGUAUGAACACUUGUAUAGUUGAUAUUUCAUGGGCUCUAUAUUGCGUAUAUAAUUGCUUCAAUGCUUAAAGGGGCGGGCACUCAGCAGUUGCUACCUUUUACAAAUUAAUGAUACGUAUCCAUUUUUUCUUAAAGAAUAUAGCUUGUAAAAAUGCCUCAUGGAGUAAGUUCAACUGUCGUAACCCAUCGGAAGCCAAAAUAUAAGCUUUUUUUUACUCCAAUGUUUGUAAACAAAGUAAAUGUAAACAAACACUGUAUAGCCUAAAAACAGUUUUAACCAUCAUUUUUAUAUAAUGCAUGGUCAGUCCUAGCAAUCCAUGGCUCUUUGAAUUUGAGAGUGCCUACUGGUGCUUAGCGAUUAACUUACGUUUUUGUAUUUUUUGUUAUUAAACCACUAAUUGACCGACGUCAGUUCAAUUACUUGAAUUCCAUUGAGUUUGUUUUAUUUGGGGGGUGGCCCAACUCGUUGUUUUUCUUGAGAUGAAUCAUUCACUAGAGAAAACAUGUCAGGAACUAUGUGGGACACUUGGCUGAAGGGAGUUGUAGAUUUCAUUAAGCAAACUUUCAACCAAGUUCAGCACAAGAACGUGGUAAUUAACUACAAUGACCAUAAUCCAUUACGCCUGUUUUUUCCGUCUUGGACCGAGAGAGAUACAAUUUACACCUGUUAUGUUAGAUACACACAGGCCACAUGAGAGAGGAAUGUACACAACACGACUACGAGAGAGAUGGAGACAGUUCGUGAAAGUAUGCCUUAUCUACUUUGAAAAACAAGUACAAUUAUUUCAUCAGACAGCUCGGCAGCACGCUUAGGCAGGCUAGCCUAGCUAAAAAAGGACUAGACAGUACAGUAUGGGAAGCACAGGGAAAGUUGUCUGGCUGCUACUGCCUGAGCAGAGAAUAGGACUUUAAACAAUGAAAAAUAAUGAAGUCAUCAAAUAAAAACUGUCAUAUGCACAUCUGAAAUGUUUGAUUUCAUUCAUUUUCUUUUGCUGUCAUACCUAAUGUGGACUUGAUGGAGACAAUGGAAUAUUUUCAUUUUUUUUAGUUGAAUGUUCACAAUUUUUGGCUUUGGAAUUUCCAUUAAAAAGCUCUAAAAUAUUGUCAUUAUUUCAUAAUUCUGCAUUUAAUGUUUAAAAUAAAUAAUUGAAAUAAAAAAAACGUUAUUUGUUAAUAAUCAAACUGAACUGACCUCAAAAAAAAAUCACCAAUCGCGUAGCGCUAGUGUUACCAUUUUUACAUCCCCAUCCCCCAGUUUUUUUUUUCCCCGAAACAGUUGUGGGGGACGAUUUGCUAUUGUUUCAACUGCUGAUUGCCGGUUUAAGCAUUGCAGAAGCAUUUCAAACGCAUUCUUUUCAUAUUAUAACUUGCUCAACCCCCUAUAUUGCUUGUGGAUCUGCUCAUACUCAAAGGUUAUAUGUUCAGUGCACUAUAACCGUUUAUGUAUUAUAUUGUUGGAUAAUUAUAUGCAGAGAAUAUGCGUAGGGAAUGACCAUUGUGCAUGAAAAUCUCACUCAUCUGAUAGGUUUGUUACUGGGUCAAUGUACUGAGUAAUGGGUGCAUCUUCACCCUGAGUUCAAGGAUUUUGUAGGUGUCAAGGACUAUGUCCACGUGGCAUUUGAACUUAACAAGCAUAGAGAGAUAUGGUUUUGGAUGUUGAACAUAUUCAGAUCAAACUAUUUUCCAUUGCUUACCCACUGUUUUUAUGAAAACAAAAUCAUACAAACAAAAGCAUACCCACAACUCACUUGGUUUUACAAAAUGUCAAACAUUAAUUUUAAUACAAUGCCUGCUAAACCAGGUGCCUUAAAAAAAAAAAAAAAAAAUUGAAUCCAAACGUGAUCUACUCCCUUCAAAGUCUUGCUGUUUUGUAUGGAUACAAGAUUUACAAUCUUUCUGCCCACUAUGCCAAGAAUUCUGACAUUUUACUCUGUCUGGUGUUUUAACAGGGAUCUCAUGUACAGAUGAAAAUUGAUGCUGCUUUGCCUCAGACAGUUUUCUCAUCAGUGGAAUGUAGUCUUCCUUCAAAGGAUUCAAUUCAAUAUAAGGAUAUGUUCAUACUGCAGAUGUCCAGUGUAACAUUGGGUGAGAGAGACUAUCCAAAGUGUGCUGCAAUCAUGAUUCAGAGGAAUUUGAACUUGUUUGUAUGGUUGUCCUUAUUUCUGUAAACCUUUUUUUUAUUUAUUUUGUAUUUGUGCUCAAAAUCAGUCAAUUGUUGCACACGUUUGAAUUUUUUAAAUAUUUUUUUGCCUUUUCUACUUAGACCUUACCUACUUGCCAUACCAUUUAUUUUAUAUUUCAUUUGAAAUAUUUCCUCUAGCUUACCUAUAGAAAUUAUUUUAGAUAUUCAUGAUACCGCAGCGAGCUAUAUGUUCUUGCUGAAUUACAUUUAUCAGACUUAGAACAUUCACCAAUGGUGAUUGAUUUAGUUGAGUUUUCUAUAGAACCGGUAGAUCUGCUUUGCAAAAACUGUCAAUUUACCAACCUAUUGUGUCCCCUCCAAAAAUGAUCAAGAUAAUUGUGCCUCUUUGGUCCUCCAUUUUCUACUGUUCCACAAACGGCUGGGUUUCACUUUACCCGGAGCAGUGUCACAUGUACAAGCAGAUGGCCUUUAGCAGCCUUUCUUCAAUGAACAAACAAGGUUUGAAACAGUAACUCUUAAUGACACAUGUUGAGGUUUGCAUUGUUCAACAUAGAUCUGUUAACCAUGGAGUUCCAGGAAGCGAACCUCGGAUGUCUCUAGUAAUUACGCAGGGGCAGGCGGUGUUUUAAACGUGGCAAAGCCUGUAUAACGCUUAAAGCAAUGGUGAUGGUGAAGUGGUGGGCCUCUGCACAAAUCCAGGUUCCUUGAUUUCACCAGUUUGCUCCAAAGUGCUACCACACAGUUCUUCAUAACUUAAGAUUGAAGGGGGCACUAAUUUGGAGAGUGAGUUGAAAACAACAAUGCAAACAGCUGAUCGGAGGCACCAUUCGCCAGCCAUGGUGCUGAAUCUCAAAGAUGUACUUGAACUUCCCCAAGAUCUGCCACUCGGGCCCUGUUGCUGUGUUGGAACGCUGCCUGAGGGGUGUUGCAACUCUUGACCAGUUCCCAGUGAUCUUUGGACAGUGACUGACUUCUUUUUAAGACCUGCUGUAGCCACUGCAGUGUCGGUGUCAGUAAGGCCUUGUCCUCAGUAAUGGUGGUUGACGACCGUGUUUUUAAAAAUGUAAUUGAAGUGGAUUGGCUGGUAGCUUUGAUAGGAUGUAUUUUUUGCUUCAGGAAAAGGCAUAGAGAUCGGUAAGGGUCACUAGGGCUGCUGGGCAGAGAUCUCUCAUCCCUUCACUGAAGUGUUGUAAUAUAUGUUCCUGCAUAGUACACAUGCAGACCAAUUCAGUGAUUACCAAUGACAUUGAGAAAACGGAUAUAACCCUCUUUCAAAGCACCAUAAACACAUCAUAUUCACACUGCAAUGAUUUACAUUUUCCUUCCAAACUUGCCAAAUAAUUUUUUGGGGAAAUCCAUACAACUCCCAAUGAGGACAAUUUUUUUUAAAGAUAUCUCACCCAUUCUUAAAACUACACAAUUCAUUGCCUUGAUGUAAUGCUUCUGAUGUUGUAUGGUAUUUCAAUAGAUAAUGUAGCAUGGGAACUUUAAGUAGUUAGUACUGUGUGUGUACUCCCCAAGUGAAAAAUAUUUGUCACAGUAGGAAGGCUGUAUUUCAUUGCUAAGUGCUCUGUAAUAAAUCUCUUGGGUGAUACUCAUAAACAAAUCUGUAUCCUGCUGAAACUAACAGUGACUUGAUCCUAUUAGAAAUGUCUAUAUUUGUAGUUCACAUGUAUGCCUGUUCAAAUUCAAUAAUAUCUUGACAGUUCUAUUUAUGUUGUUUAAAUGUUGUGCUGGGUUUAUACUUUUGUCGUUCGAUCUCUUUCUAUUAUUUUUGUUUCCAUUUUUUUUGGAGGCACAAUUAGUUGGAGAACAGAUAGUGAGUCUUGUAAAUGUACAGAUGUGAUGUAGGUUGGGUUCAGUUAUGAUUGAUUGGAAAAAUGUGUCUGCUUGUGUAAUUGUGCCUCUCCUUCAUUUAGUUUAGUUUUUUUUAUCAUACUUUUUCUCACAGAAUUGUAUCAGCCAGGAGUUGGUACCACAGUUGUGUCUAGGUGGAGUACAGCUAUGGACUGAAGUGACUUUACGUAGCAGGUUAGGAGAAUUAAUGUAGCAGGUUAAGGUUAGGAAAAGGGUAAGGGUUAGCAAAAAUGCUACAGCUGACCCCGAUGCGACUCGAACAUGCAACUUUUGGUCCGUAGCUGUACUCCAAUCUAGCCACAACCCAAUUUUGCUUGUAACCAUGAUUCUAUUGUCCAAUUCUAUUGUUGAUUUUAAUAUCAAAAUAAAAACCUUUGAAAACCA